CCGAAUAUUAUCAUCGCAGUGAGCGUCUGGUGAACGACGAGUUGGGUCGGCUCGGUUUUUGCUCAAGUGUUUUCCUCAUUAAAUGCACAAUAAUCUCUCAUUAGAAGGUGUGUUGUUUCGCGGGUGUGUACUAGAUAAUCAGUGUUCACCAUCAAAACGGAUAAACUAGUGGAAGGAUAAGCACCUGGACUGCAUCAGUCAGGCGGGUGUGACAACCACUACAUCACUUUAUCACUAUCAUUUUCAAAAGUAAAAUAAAGUUUUCUAAAAAAUCAUAUCAUACAGCUUUAAAAAAGAAGGUAUACAUACAACACGGCAGAACUGAUCUUCUCACCGCUAUACAAUCCGGUGGAUAGGACCAAAAUUGGCGCCUUAGAAAGGAGUUGUGCUAUUCAUAAUCUACAAUUCUACAUGCAGCUUUCUGAUCGCGUGCACCUGAACAGAUUAUGAAAAUGAUCCUUCGCGCAUUACUGGCGGCUUUCAUCGGAUAUGUCGUGUACGGAUUUAUCAAGAUUUCCCGACAAUUUUACAAGCGAUUCCGCAUGGCGGAAAAAAUACCGGGGCCCCCGAUAGAACACCGACUUCUAGGACACCCAUCACUAGCGUUGCUUGAACCCAAAGAUAUCCCAAGAACUGUUUACCAACAAUACAAAGAAUUUGGAGGUAUUUUCCGCCAUUGGUAUGCCUGGGUAUCCUUCGUGUUUGUGGCAGAAGCUAACUACGCAGAGUUGUACUUUACAUCGAAAAGUCUUGAGGAAAAGGCGGACAUGUACAAGUUGUUUCACGACUGGCUGGGCCAGGGCCUGAUCACCAGUAAUGGUGCAUUAUGGCACGAGCGACGGAAGCUAAUCACGCCUGCCUUUCAUUUCAACGUGCUGAAUGCUCUCCACGAAAAUGUGGUUCAAAAUGCGAUCGCCCUCGUCCAAAAGCUCCGGGAACACCCGAAAGAGUCGCCCCUGAAUAUAUACACGGUGAUGCAUCUGGUGGCUUUAGAUAACAUUUGCGAAUCAGCAAUGGGAAUUAAAAUCGAUGCGCUGAAUAAUCCGAAACUUGACUACAUUCAAGCAGUGGAGGAUGCAGCACACGCGAUUGCCAUCAGAAUAGGGAAACCCUGGUUUUGGAACGGCUUAUUUUAUUUCACUUCGACGGGUCGGAAAUUAACCAGCAGCUUGAAGAAAAUCUUCGAACUCGCAAAGAAGGCAAUCUUGAAUAGCAAAAACAAAAAAACUGCCACAACUGAAGAACAAAGUGAAGGCGAGGAUGACGGAAUCAAAGUGAAGAGAAGACUAGCUUUCUUGGAUCUUUUGACGGAGGCUCACGAUUCUGGGACGAAGCCCUUAUCAGAUGAGGGCCUUAGAGAUGAAGUCAACACAUUUAUUUUUGCCGGGCAUGACACAACAGCGACAUCCUUGAGUUUUACUCUUUUCCUUCUGGGUAUUCAUCCUGAUGUUCAGGAGAAAUGCUAUCGAGAGAUGGAUGAUAUUUUCCAAGGUUCCGAUAGAAAACCGACCGUGGAAGAUUUAAAAGCCAUGAAAUAUCUGGAGCAAGUAAUUAAGGAGAGCUUACGAAUGUACCCCAGCGUCCCGCUCAUCUCGAGGAAAGUGAAAGAGGACGUUCAAUUUGGAAAAUACACGAUUCCAGAAGGCGCGACAGUGGCGCUUUCAAUUUACUGUUUGCAUCGAGAUCCGAAAUACUUUCCGAACCCGCACACUUUUGAUCCAGAACGCUUCAACAGCAAUAAUAAUACGGGCCGACAUCCAUUCGCAUACGUGCCGUUUGCGGCGGGAGCCAGAAAUUGUAUCGGUCAAAAAUUCGCUCUAAUGGAGGAAAAAAUAGUGGUGUCUUACAUUCUGCGGAAUUUUAUCAUUGAAUCUCUUUACGGCAUGGAUGAGCUUGAAUUAUCUUUUGAUUUGGUUCUACGAUCUCAAAAACCUCUUGAUAUCAAACUCAAACCAAGGAGUACGAACAUUGAUGCAAUAAAAAUACUUGAAAAUCAGUAUUAUUGCAAACUAUGCAUUUUCCUUUACUUCGAAUUAAAUAAACUCGAUAAUUUUUCAAACAGUGAUCGUGACCGAUGGAAUGCAAAAAUGAUUUAUUUUAUACUAAUAACUGCCGUUAUCAGUUAUACAGUGCGAUGGUUGAUCGAAAUACUGUCGCGUUUUUACGAACGAUAUCAGCUCGUGGAAAAAAUACCUGGCCCACCCAUUGAAAGCUGGAUUCUGGGACACACCUCGCUUGCUUUUAUUAAGCCUGCAGACGUCCCGACGUAUGUUUAUAACCAGUACACGCAAUAUGGCGGAAUAUUUCGUCGCUGGCUCAUAUGGUUCCCUGACGUCACGAUAGCAGAGGCUGAUUAUGCACAGAUAUUCUUCCAUGAAAAAAGUUUGGAGGAUAAAGCAAAUUUUUACAAAUUUAUAAAACCUUGGUGCGGUACUGGAUUGAUUACGAGUAACGGAUCUUUUUGGCACAAGCGCAGGAAGUUGAUCACUCCUAUGUUUCAUCAAAAUAUUGUGGACGGGCUGUGUGGGGUUUUGGUGAAUAACUCUAUCACGCUGAUUCAAAAGUUGCAGGAACAUAAAAAUGAGACCCCUUUAAAUAUGUAUAUGAUAAUGCAUUUAGUUUCUUUGGAUAACAUUUGCGAGACCGGCCUGGGACUCAAAGUUGAUGCACUAAACAACCCAAAACUGGAAUACGUUCGAGCGAUGGAAGAGGCUGCAUACAUUCUCAUGGUGAGAUUCACCACCCCUAGUUACUGGCUUGAUCCAAUUUUCAACCGUACAUCCUUUGGACGGAGACUGAAAACUAAUGUCAAGACAAUUUGCGAGCUUACAGAUACGGCAAUCUUGAGGAGAAAAAACAAACAAAUUCUUUGUUGUGAGCGGCGUGAGAACGAAAUCGGAGGAAAGAAAAAACAAACUUUCUUGGAAUUAUUGAUGGAAGCUUCGAAAUUGCCAACGGCACCAAUAUCAGAGGAUGGUGUGAAAGAUGAAAUAAAUACUUUCGUCAUGGCUGCACAUGAAACAAUGGCGACCUCUAUGAGUUUUACACUUUUUCUUCUGGCGAACCAUCUAGAUAUUCAGAUUAAAUGCUAUCGAGAGCUUUAUGGCAUAUUCCAAGGCUCGGAUAGGCGAUUGACCGUCGAUGAUCUACGGGAAAUGCAUUACCUGGAGCAAGUCAUCAAGGAAAGUCUUCGCUUGUUUCCAAGCUGUCCACUCGUGGCCAGACGGGCCAAAGAGGAUGUGAAAUUUGGAAACUACAUCGUGCCGAAGGGUAUUGAUGUAACUUUAUCCAUAUUCUGUUUACAUCGAGACCCCAAAAAUUUCCCGGACCCUGACAUCUUCGAUCCUGAUCGCUUCAGGCCAGAAAAUUGUGCGAGACGGCAUCCUUACGCCUACGUACCUUUCGGGGCUGGAUCCAGAGAUUGCAUCGCUCAAAAAUUCGCAAUGAUGGAAAUGAAAAUAGUGCUGUCCUACAUGUUGCGCUAUUUUAUUUUGGAAUCUCCCAUUUCUUAUGACGAUCUGAGAACUCCAUUUGAAUCUGUUCUACAGUCUCAGCAGCCUCUUGACGUCAAACUCAGACCAAGAGAUGUUCCUAAUAAAUAAAUUUAAAUUUCAAAAA